GCUUCGUUUCGGAAAAUAAGCGACCAAACGCACAGUUUACAUCUGGCUCGUGUGUCUUUUCAACGCGUCAAAGUUUCUUCCUCAGUUUAAAACUCUAUGAAAGGAGAAGGAAGAAGAAAAAAGAAGAGAGUUUCUUCCUUGAACCUUAAACUUUAAAUUUUGAAGAAGAAGAAUUCAGGUUUAUCUUUGCUAUCAUGUCUAAGAGGGGAUUUCCACAACAGCACUGCCGUAGUCUCUCUUCUGAUGACUCAGAAGAAGAGAGCCAGAGUUAUGUUGGUUUUGGGGCGAAGAAGAGACGUCUGGAAAGCACAGAUAAUGAGGAGAGAGGAGAAGAAGAGGAAGAAGAAGAAGAAGAGGAAGAAGAAGAAGAGGAUGAUGAUGAUAGUGAGAGUGAUGAGAAUGACUGGAACAAUGCUAAUGUAACAAAGACACAGACCUCCACCACAAGCAGUGUACCAACCAAUAGCAACUACAGCGCUUUUGCCCAAAGGAUAAUGAAAAACAUGGGUUAUGAGGAAGGCAAAGGCUUGGGCAAAUACGGGCAAGGUCUUGUGGCUCCCGUCCAGGCCAGCACACAGAGAGGACGGCGAGGUCUGGGUCUUCGUAUAGAGGGGCUUGAGGCGCAGGAUAACCAAGAGUGGGACAGUAGUGAAGAGUACGUUGAAGUAAAUGAGGAAGUGCAGUGGUUACCCCACUGCCCUGAAGAUGUGCCUGACCUGGAAACUCUCGAGUCAUGGUCGAGGGAAGGAAAGAAGAAAUUAACAAUAUCUGAUGAGACAGAAUUCUGUAGCCCAGAGGUUUUGGAAGGAAUUUUGAGAGCAAAGACUAUAUUUGACCAGCUUGAUGCGAGGGAAUUACAGAGAAGCAGAUCGAGGAGUAAUCCCUUUGAGACCCUGGGAAAACUUUUCUUCCAAAAUAGAGCAGCUUUGAAAAUGGCAAAUAUGGAUGCAGUGUUUGACUUCAUGUUCACAAGGCCUGUAGAUGAAACUGGGGAGUCACUAGUUGGUUCUGAUGAGGUGCUAUACUUUGCUGAUGUGUGUGCUGCCCCAGGUGGCUUCUCAGAGUAUGUUCUGUGGAGAAGAAAAACAGAUUCAGAGAAUUUCUGUGAUGCUAAGGGAUUUGGGUUUACCCUACGUGAAAAUGACUUCAAACUCCAUGAUUUCUUUGCAGCCCCAGCUGAGUUCUUUGAACCACAUUAUGGUAUUAAUGGUCGAGAUGGUGAUGGAGAUGUGUUUCAGCCAACCAACAUUACAAACUUUGUAAAUUUCGUCCGCAAAAGUUCAGGAGGCCAGGGAGUCCACUUCAUGAUGGCUGAUGGAGGUUUCAGUGUGGAGGGCCAAGAAAACAUACAGGAAAUAUUGUCCAAACAGCUGUACCUCUGUCAGUUCAUAGUUGCAUUGGGCAUUGUGAGAACUGAUGGGCAUUUUGUGUGUAAAUUGUUUGAUGUAUUUACAACAUUCAGUGUUGGCCUCAUAUAUUUGAUGUACCGAUGUUUUAAAUACGUCAGCCUCCACAAACCCAACACAAGUCGACCUGCAAACUCUGAAAGAUAUAUCAUUUGUAAAUGGAAGAGAGAAGGAAUAGAAGAUGUAUAUGAGUACCUGUUUGAAAUGAACCAAAGAAUUGCUGGCCUAAAAUCAGGUAUUGAUGUUCUGGAGCUUGUACCUCUUGAACUUUUAAAGAGUGAUGAAGCUUUCACAGAGUACAUCAUCAAUUCUAAUAAUACCAUAGGUUUCAGACAGAUCGUAAGUUUACGCAAAAUACAAGUGUAUUGUCAAGACACCCAGUUGAUUGAACCACGACAAGCAGAGCUUCGUUCACAGUGUCUGGAACUUUGGCAGCUCCCAGAUAGAACAAGAACAGCCCCACAGCGUUCUGAAGCCAAGGUUAAAUUCAUGGAACUCUUGAAAGGUGAAAACCCAGAUUACAUGUGCCAUCCAGCUGAAGACCUCUCCUUGGGCAACUUCAAGGAGAAACUCCGAAGUCCCUAUGAUUACCGCUGCGUGAUCCUGGCCUCACCCCGAGAUGGAAGGAAGGAUAGAGCCUUUUAUUUGGGACUUGGUGGCUGCAAUGUGUUCCGAUGGGAGGGUCGGGCAGUUAGUUCCUGGAUGCGUGUGGACACAAAAUUGGAACUCCCACCCAAUACCCUGGUUUAUGCUGAACUGGUUGUGGAACACAGAGGAGAACACAAAGCACAGCGCAAACUAACGACAUUCCAUUUGAUAGAUGGAAUAGUCCUCAAUGGGAAGGAUAUCCGAAACUUACAUAUUGUUGAAAGACACAACUACUUAAGAAAAUUUGCUCUUGGUCUCAAUAAACCAAGCAGACCAGACCUGGCACCCAUAAGAUGUAAACAGCUGUACAAGUUAGAAGAUCUUGGGGAUGUCUUGGCACCUCCCAGACUGCACCAUAGGUUGAUGAAAGGAGGAUCUCUACCAAGAAGAGUAUACCUGGAAGUGGAAGGUGACUCGGACAGGGAAUCUUAUUACACCAUUCCCACAGCACUGCUUCUGGUCAAAUCUACCAAAGAGCCUUGGAUGAUGGCAUUCAGUAAGAGUCAAAAUAAGAAAUAUUGGUUUAAUACAAGGACUAGACACUCUACCUUUGAAUGUCAGCAGGAAUUCAUCGCACCAUUUAGUUCUUCCUACAGUGGGAGCCUAAUAUGGUGGUGGGACAGUAGUGUUCAGGUUCUCAGUGAUGAUGAACCAGGCAAAGGGAAGCUCCACCGUGAUAACUUGCUCUCCCACCUCGCCAGUCUGCGCUGAAGGCCUUUGCACAGCUUAUAAUCAAUUAGCCUUGUACUUUAAUUUUGUGUGGGAAGUUUUUUGUGGGAAGUUUCUGUGAAAUUUCUUAUUUAAUUGUGAAGAGAUUACUCAAAAAAUGAGAUAGUGGAUGAAGUUUCAAUUGUAUCUUGCCAUUUUUCUAUGUAAAAAAUGUAGGUAGGGUAUAAUGUUUUGGAAGUAUGCCAUGUUGUUUUAGGUUUUUAUGUCUGAUUUUGAUAUCAAAAUCUCAUGAGUGCAGAUUGAGAUGUUAUAUUAAUGUACAGUCAGAGACACAGCUAUCAUCCCAGAUUUUGGCAGCAGCAUAAUGGAAAGGUUAAGAUAAUUUACAUGUCUGUGAUAUUUGUACAUUCAGCAGACAUUACUGUUCAUUGGGCAUAGUUAUAACCUGGACAGAUUUCAGUCAUUCACAUAUAUUACCACAUGUAGGCUGAGCUUAUGUCAGGUCUGUGAACAUUAUUUCUUUCAUUGAUUCAUGCUGUCAAGAUAUUCUGCUUAUAUUAGGUUUGAUGUAGUACAGCCAGUAAAAGCAAAUUAAAAUACAGAUGUGGAACAGAUGCCUAUCUGUAGUUCACACAAACUUUUAUCACCAGACCACCAACAUGAAUCAAUACUAAUAAUUAAUCUUAUUUUGUAAAACUAUCAAGUGAUAAUGUAAUGCAUGAAUGUAAACUACUGGUUACUCUGAUGUUUCAUCUCUAUAUGCCUUUUAGAUUUAUGGAGGCCCCUGAAAAUAAGUUGUUGAUAAAUACUGAUUGUGCUCAAAUAUUUUGAAGUAUUACUAUAAUGGAAUCCCAAUCUCCAACUAAUGCAUACCAAGCAACCAUAUAUUGUCAUUGAGCAUCAUAAUGUUUUGAUAGGUUUAAUAGUCAUGAAAAAAAAAUAAAACAAAAGAUAGUUGUGUUUCAACUGUACAUAAUAAUUUCUGUUUACUGUACUGUGUAACUGGUUUGUCUUAAAACAUGUGAAACUUGAAAAACUUGUGCAUUGUUUACCAUUUCUUACUAUAUGAUUUGAUUUAUUUAAACUUGAAAUCCUCCGAUAACAUGGUAAUGUAGACUGGUAACCCUCUGCGUUAUUUAUUUCUAUGCCACUCAAUCAAGACAUUUCAUUAGCAAUGCCUAAUUCAGAUUGGAAACCUCCCAGAUCAACCAGUGCUCCUGGUAAUAGCAUGCCCCAAAGAUCAAUGGUGCAAAUGUUUAAGGAGCUCAUAAACCUAAAAAAACAUAUGCAGUGUUUAAAAAGUAUGUGUAUGGCAUGCUUUCCCCACAAUUACAGUUUAACGCAAGUCUUCCAGCAUGUUUGGUGGAAAGUCAAAGGUGUUCCUUCAAGUGAACAAAGGUUGUGAAAGCUGUUGUAAACAACUUGUUAUCAUCAUUUUUAAAAGAUAUUUCUACUUAAAUUAUUUAAAUGUAUUUUUUUUUUAUCUGGUGGAGUUGAUAAUAGUAUCAAAAGUAUAUUUGUUUACACAAGUAUCCUGUUGAAUGGCUAGAAUAAAUAAAUGUAUGAUGUUAAGUAAGUGUCCACAAUCACGCACACACAUAAACAUGCACAUACACAAACACGCACACAUAAACACACAUGCACAAACACGCACACACACACAAAGAAACAUGCACUCAUGUACUCAAUUACACACACACACACACACACACACACACACACACACACACACACACACACACACACACACACACACACACACACACACACACACACACACACACACACUCACACUCACACUCACACUCACACUCACACUCACACUCACACUCACACUCACACUCACACACUCACUCACUCACUCUCACUCACUCACUCAUACUUCCUUCUGCAGUACAGAAUAGUGCCUUGCACUACUGAGUUCAUGUUAUACCUAACAUGUAUUACAUGGUUGCAUGUUAAAGGAGGAUCUACUGCAUUUUAUUAUUGUAAUUAUUUUACACUGUUUAUGGUGUUUAAACCCCAUAGUAUUUUAUUUCUUUUCAUUGGACAUUAUAAGAUUAUUUUUUUUAAUAUAUUUAAAGCAUUCCAAGUUCUUCAAGAUUUAUGUAAGUGAAUAUCUGAUAGUUGUUGAGAAAGUUCCACAUAAGAACUUAUUAACCAGUUGUAAAGUGCCUACAAUCAGUAUAAUAGAGAAUGGCAUUUAUGUUCAUUUAUUUUGAUAAUCUGUGAUGAAAUACGUUAAUCUUUUAACUAGGUGAUUAGUACAAAUUUUUAUGGGUAAAAAUAUCUACACCUAGACCAUACAUUAAUUAUUGGAUAUUUUUUUCUUUUUAAAAUGAAGUCUUAAAGAUUGUGGAGCUAGUUUUUACACAAACAGAUGUGUGCUAUGGUGAAAAUAGCACAAUAUAAGACAUGUGUAUUGAUAUAAAGCACUGCUUAAUGAUGCAUAAAAUUUCUUACCAGGAA